AUGUGGAGGGGGCAUGCGUUAGUGCUCCAUCUGGAAGGCGUUGGAACGGUUCUGGCAAUUUCUCUCAUCCACUACUACUUCGUCCUCGUAAUCUCCGUCUUCCUGGCGCGACACAUUCGUGACAUGAAACGCGGCCAUGAGGACACGUGCCCACGUGGCAACCCAUCGAUUCACCCCUCAAUUUUCCAAGGUGAUCGAUGUUGUGAAGAGGCAGGUGCAUUCGCAGCCUCUCCAGUGGCUACUGAGGUUGACUGCGCGGGCGAUGUUUUCGGCUGCCUAGCGGCUGACAUCUGCCCAACACAACCAGAGAAUGCCGAUCAGUCACUGAGGAACUCCGGUUCUGGACGUUCCUCCUACGUCUACACCCCAUGGUCGGACAUUUCUGGGAUGUCAUCGACUGGAUCAGCCGACCCCUCCAAUGCAGAACCCUUCCAAAACCUUCCCGAUGGAGCAGUAAGGCAUUCCCCCUCCACACCCGCCUUUUACGUGCAUGACGUCUGCGAGGGGGAUGGCGAUGGGAUGAGCAGUGCAGCGGGCCAAUGUAUCCGCUGCCACUUUCUCGAGACCCGUGCUGGCCUCACAGAGCGAAUGAAUCAGAUCUCAGCCCGGAGGCCAGCCAGGGUGCCCAGUCCCUACCCCUCGCACGUCUGGGACGAGGACUCGCUUGCCAGCAGUGAGUUGAGCUUCGGCUCCACCCUGGUGGCAUGGCAGUCCUCGUCCCCGUCAUCGCGGACGCCAACAGACGUGCAUGUGGAGGGACGGGCGGACGUCGGCGACGCAUCAUCGGCCCAGAACUUUGUUCCGCCUUGGAAGAUGGUUCGUCGUGGACGAAGAUCUGUAAGUCAAGACUAUGUUCUUGCUCUGCUUUUUGCGUUGUUGCAUCAGAAGGAUAAGGUUCUUGAGUCGUCAUCAUCUUCAUCUGCAUUUUAG